GAAUGCAGCCUUGGAUUUUAUCGUGAGAAUAAGGGAUUAUUUCCUGGGCGCUGCCUCCCUUGCAACUGCCAUGGAAAUUCAAACAGUUGUCAGGAUGGUACUGGAAAAUGUAUUAACUGUCAGUACAACACUGCUGGGGAGAAAUGUGAGCGCUGCAAAGAUGGAUAUUUUGGAGAUGCCACCCAAGGCUCCUGUCGGGUGUGUCCCUGCCCUUACACAAACAGGUUUGCAACUGGCUGUGUGGCCCAUGGUGAAGAAAUCCAGUGUCUCUGCAGAGAAGGCUACACUGGAGCUCGCUGUGAACGCUGUGCUCCAGGAUAUUUUGGAGACCCACAAAAGUAUGGAGGCUACUGUCAGAAAUGUAACUCUAAUAGUAAUGGAGAACUGGGCAGCUGUGACCACCUGACUGGAGAGUGUUUCAAUAAUGAACCAAAAGAUGUGGAUCCCAACGAAGAUUGUGACUCCUGUGACAGCUGUGUGCUCACCCUGCUGGAGGACCUGAGGACCAUGGGGGAUGAGCUGAGGUUGAUCAAGUCCCAGCUGCAGAAUGUCCACACCAGUACCCACACGCUGGAGCAGCUGAGACAGCUGGAAACACGCAUCAAGGACCUAAAGGUCUUAUUGAACAAUUACCGUUCUGUUGUUCAUAACCAGGGUUCAAAGGUGGACGAGCUGGAAACAGAAUUCAUGAACCUCAAUCAUGAUGUAAAUGCUCUCCAGGAAAAGGCUGAAAUGAACUACAGAGCAGCUGAGCUGUUGUUUAGUAAUUUUGGCCAAACCCAACAGAAAGGAAAAGAUUUGGUUUCACGAGUGCAGAUAGUCGUCAACAAUAUACAAGUGCUUUUGGAACAAAUAGCUGGCACAGAUGCAGAAGGGAACAACUUGCCCUUGGGAGAUGCUGCCAGAGAGCUGGCUGAGGCUCAAGGGAUGAUGACAGAGAUGAGGAACCGCAACUUUGGCCAACUCCUAGCAGAGGCAGAGAAGGAACGAAGAGAAGCUCAGCUGUUACUGGCACGUGUUAAGGAUGAACUCCAAAAGUACCACCAAGAAAAUCAUGGGCUUAUUAAAAUUGUGAGGGAUUCACUGAAUGAUUAUGAAUCCAAAAUCACUGACCUUCGUGAAGCUCUGAACGAGGCCACGGGACAAACUGAGCAGGCUGAAAACUUGAACAGAGAUAAUGGAGUUCUCUUGGAAGAAGUUAAGAAACGGAUUGAGGAGACCACUGCACAACAGAAUGGGAUCUUGGACAUGCUGAGCUCUGCCCGAACUUCCCUGACCCAAGCUAACAGUGGGCUUGGAUUAUUGCAGAAGACCAAAGAGGAAUAUGAAAGUCUGGCUGCUCAGCUGGAUGGAGCAAGGAAAGAUAUGAAUGAGAAGCUGACAAAUCACUCUUUAUCAGCAAGCAAGGAACCCUUGGUGGUGAGGGCUGAGGAGCACGCCAAAUCUUUGCAAGACUUGGCAAAACAACUGGAAAACAUAAAGAACAGUGCCAGGAAGGACGAGUUGGUGGGCUGUGCUGUGGAAGCUUCUACUGCCUAUGACAGUAUAAUUAAUGCCAUCAAGGCAGCAGAGGAGGCAGCCAAGCAAGCCGGGAGGGCAGCUGACUCCGCGUGGUCGGCUGUGAAGAGAGAAGACCUCUCAGGAAAAGCUGCAAAGUUAAAAGCUGAGAGCACUACGCUCCUGAAUCAAGCACAGGAGACUGAAAAGACCUUGCAAGGUACUGAGAAACAAACUGUUGGUCCAACCCUUGAAGACAUGAAUGGAAGGCUGGAUGUUGCUGAUGGGAAGAAGAACACACUGCAAAUUGAUCUCGUCACCCUGCAGAAUAAUCUCAAUGGAAUAAACAGAGGUGACGUCGACAGCAUCAUCACCAGUGCAAAGAACAUGGUAAAAAGUGCCCAGGAUGUCACAACGAACGUGUUGGAUGAACUGCUCCCAAUUCAAGAAGACGUGGAAAAAAUGAAGAGCAGCUAUGGAAGCACCCAGAGUGCUGGCUUCAGUAAAGCCCUGAUGGAGGCAAACAAUUCAGUAAAAAAACUGACAAACAAACUUCCAGAUCUGUUCAGCAAGAUCGAGAGCAUCAACCAGCAGCUGCUGCCAGUCAGCAACAUCUCUGAGAACGUCAAUCGUAUCAGAGAGCUGAUCCAGCAGGCAAGAGAUGCUGCAAACAAGGUUGCUAUUCCUAUGAGGUUCAAUGGCAGUUCUGGUGUGGAGGUUCGACCUCCAGGCAACCUUGAAGAUCUGAAAGGCUACACUUCGCUUUCUUUCUUCCUCCAAAGCCCUCUGCCAAGAUCAGGCAACCCCCAGAGGGCAUCGAAUAAGUUUGUGCUGUACCUGGGCAAUAAAGAU